GGAGGAGCUUUUCUGCGGCGCCUGCGCGGGGCCGUCCUCGUCUUCUCUUUGUUGGGCGUCGGGGGUUGGGCGCCAUUUUGCGCGGCGGCUGAGUGGAGGCGCUGAUUGGGUUUCGGGGACCGGUGGCGGAGCCAAUCAGAGCGGGACCCGAACCGGGGGAGCAAGGCACGGUUUCCAGUUGAGGACUGAAUAGAGGGUUGUCACUAGAAAAACAAUGGAGCAAUACACAGCAAACAGCAAUAGCUCAACAGAACAGAUUGUGGUGCAGGCUGGACAAAUUCAGCAACAGCAGGGCGGUGUCACUGCUGUCCAGUUGCAGACUGAGGCCCAGGUGGCAUCUGCCUCAGGCCAGCAAGUCCAGACCCUCCAGGUAGUCCAGGGUCAGCCACUGAUGGUACAAGUAAGUGGAGGCCAGCUGAUCACAUCAACUGGUCAGCCAAUCAUGGUACAGGCUGUACCUGGGAGUCAAGGUCAGACCAUUAUGCAAGUUCCAGUUUCAGGAUCACAAGGACUUCAGCAGAUUCAGUUGGUCCAACCUGGUCAGAUUCAGAUUCAGGGUGGACAGGCAGUGCAAGUUCAGGGUCAGCAGGGCCAGACUCAGCAAAUCAUCAUCCAGCAGCCACAAACAGCAGUUACUGCUGGCCAAACACAGACCCAGCCACAAAUUGCAGUUCAAGGGCAGCAAGUAGCCCAGACGGCAGAGGGACAGACAAUUGUCUAUCAACCAGUUAAUGCUGAUGGAACAAUUCUUCAACAAGUUACAGUCCCUGUUACAGGCAUGAUCACCAUCCCAGCAGCCAGUUUGGCUGGAGCACAAAUAGUUCAGACGGGCGCCAACACCAACACAACCAGCAGUGGACAAGGGACUGUAACUGUGACGCUGCCUGUUGCUGGAAAUGUGGUUAAUUCAGGUGGGAUGGUAAUGAUGGUACCAGGCACUGGAUCAGUUCCAGCCAUCCAGAGGAUACCUUUGCCUGGAGCUGAGAUGCUUGAAGAGGAGCCCUUGUACGUGAAUGCUAAACAGUACCAUCGGAUUCUGAAGAGGAGGCAAGCAAGAGCCAAGCUGGAAGCUGAAGGGAAAAUUCCUAAAGAGAGGAGGAAAUAUCUGCAUGAGUCACGGCAUCGUCAUGCCAUGGCAAGGAAGCGGGGAGAAGGUGGACGUUUUUUUUCACCAAAAGAAAAGGAUAGUCCUCACAUGCAGGAUCCUAGCCAGGCAAACGAAGAAGCAAUGACACAGAUGAUUAGAGUAUCCUAACAGCCAGUUAAAGAACAAAGCACCUGGACAAAUACCUUGUGUCCCUGGAACAGUUCUCUAUUCUGCUUAUCAAACUUCUGAAUGGGAAAAUUUGCCAUAUGCACAGCCUGUUCUCUUUUUCAGAACAAAUACCACACUCUCAGUGAGUGGUUUGUCUUAGGAUUUUAACUGCAAUGGACUCCGCACACAGAAACACCCAUGGACCCACCCAGUUGGACCCAGGGAGUUGGAAAGUCUGACUCAGUAGGGCUUUAACAUCCUUGACAAUAACAGUGGCAUGACUUGAAACUGUCACUGCCUCAGCAAUAACUGGCAUAUUGAAAUAGGGCUAGCUGCAUCAUUUGGAAGUUAUGGCUCUUGAACCACACAGGAAUGCUAAUAUUUGGAACUGCCAGAGCUGAUGUUGUUUGUUGUUAGUUGAUUUUUUUUAAUUUUUGGUUCAAUGUAGCCUUCUUGGUCCCAGCUGAACCCCACAGCCUCAUAUUUUAUAUCUUCUGGUAACAAAACAUUUCACUGAAGAAGCAUCUUCUCUAAUAGGAUUCCGGCAAGAUGCUGUAAGUUUUUCUUGACAUACUGUCCUAUGUAAAUUGUCACCAACUAUUUGUCUGAGACAGAAUUAAUCUAUUGUCUUAAAGUAUUGGGAAAGUUAUCAGACAUGAGGUAAUGCAUGCAUGGUCGACUGGGUACCAGGGAGACUGCAUAGUGACCCAAGGAACAGUCAUAGUGGGGGAAUAGGCUAGCAUUGUGUGUCAGUUAAAGCUCCUUGACUUGCUGUUCCUACAAACUGGGAAAUGCAGGCUGCAAUUAUUCCAAGAUGCACAAAUUGGCCCUGUCCUUGCCACAGUUAUUUCUCUCAUAUCAGAGCAUUAUAUACAACACUGUGAGCAUUAGGCAGGAUGUGAAACCCACAUAAUUGCUCUAACCGAACCAUAUCUCAUUACACCCUGCUGUAGCUCAGACAGCUUUGUCCAUGAGAAUUACUGUGGACAGUUCUUUCAAGCUUUUUUAUAAUGAUCUUUGUAAAAUGGCACUUAAUUCUGUAGCCUUCAUUUUCUGUUGUGCUGUUCUUUUUUCUCAUUUUGAUUGUUUGAUGAUUAAUCAUUAUGCCAAGGGGUAAAACAGCAUCCUCUCCCUCUCACUUGGCUGUUUCUUUCCGGCAAGCAUCACUUUGCUACCUUUUACAUCUCUCCAAGAUUAUAUUUUUCCCUUAUCACUACUCACUUAGAUAAUACCAUGAGGUCCAGCUAACACUGUUAUGCUUUGUUGUGUUCACAGGCUUAUGUUUAAGCCUGCAUUGCUUCUCAAGAUUGAGAGUGAAGUAGAAUUAGAACAGGCUCAUCCUUGAAAGAUGAGAAGUAAACUGCACAGUGAAAACAGUAGCAAGACACUGCAUGAAAAAGAAGGUGCCUGGAAAUUGACCACUGAGUUUUUAAGAGGGAUCUUGUGGUAUCAGAACAGGUGCCAUAAUGUUUGGAGGUUGCUCUCUAGUGGGAAAUAAAUAGAUCAUUCUUCACUCAAUCUUGAAAUAGCUUAGAUAUUGGCACAUUUGCAAGGUCCCUUUUUCAUUACUUAAAAUGGAAAAAAAACCCAGAAAGGUAGAUUUGAGAGAGAAUGAUUGGUGGUAGUAAAUCAGCAGAGAUGGCUUGUCCAUGGGCUAAAAUGAUACGGCUUUCAAAUUGUCUAACUUAAUUCCAGCCUAUGAAAAGUUCAGAUAACUGAAACUCAACAGUGAUGUCAAGCUCAAGAGUUUGGUUAAAACACAUCAUAAAUCUGUGUGUGUAGCAGAGUUUAAGGUGUUUAUGGCUACGCAGAGUUCCAGUGCUCUAACAUAAGUUAUUGUAAGUGAAGAUGCACAUUUUUUUCUGUUUGUAUACACUGCAGUUAUGUGCAGUUGAUAACCCUGCAUGCAGGUCGCAUGUUUCUGAAUGUUUUUGUUUUUUUAAAUUUCUGAUAGCCUUUCUGUUGACUCCUUUGCAUUUCCAGCAUCCUGGGUGCCUUUGAUUACCAUUGUGGUAUUCUUCCACUGGCUGUUUCAGUGUUGUCUAGCAUUUCUUUUCACUGGUUUUACAAUAAAAUAUACAAUUUAAGUUACAGUCUUAGUGAAGGAACAAUGAAUGCUUUUUUAAUACUGUUUUUCAGUUGUUGUAAAUAUCUAAAGUAUUGGUACGUUCUGAGAUUCUGAUAGACGUAGUGAGGGGGAAAUGCUGUACAGUCUGAAUUAAAGAUGUUUCUCCAUGUGUUUUCCCUUUCAUUUGUCAGUUUAUUACUGCAAACUAGGAUGUUAAGAGAAUCAAGGUUCUCUUAAUUCUUUGUGUGUGUAAAAUUAUAACAUGACCCUUGCAACUAAAAAAGACCAAGCCAUCACUACCUUUUUCAACCUUAAUAAAACAAACAACAAAAUUGGUCUUUGAUACCUGUGUGUAGAUGAUGCAGACACCUAUUUAAUUGUUGGUCUUUAGAGGAUUCCUAUAGUUAGGUUUUUCUGUAAUGGUGUAAAAUGUCCUGAUAGGAUCUAUUAUACCAAUGACUUAGACUUCAUGUGUGUAGGUCAAAUUUAUUUCAAAAUAUUUGUUAAUAUUGAGAGUCUCAAACUGCAACAUAUUGCAAACUGUUCUAAUCCUGGGGGGAAAUUAAAGAAGUAAUCCCAAACACAAACUCUUAAUUGGAAAUUAAAAACGAGGCCAUGAAAUAUUUAAUUGGGGAUAGAUUUAAGGGGUAAAGCUGUAGUGGGUAUGAGGAAAAUAUAAAUUCUUAUUAAUUUAUAAGGCACUGGAACAUUGAGCCCAUUUGGAGCUGUUUGAUACUUUUGGGGCAGUGUAGAAACCCCCAAGGCUAACGUUUUUCAAAUAUUUUGCAUGUUAAAAAAAAUCAGUUUCUUGGGUUGUGAAUGGGGAUAGGGGCAUUGAUAUUUGUGAAAUUGUACGGCAAAGUUUGUAUAUAGUUCAAAAGUUUAUAAUUUUUUAUGCUGCAUUUUGAAGUGUAUUUUGUCUUUAAUAGAUACAACUGUAAGUACUGUGUACAUUAUU